AUGGUGGACAAGAUUGAGAAGUCAAUUGUUUUUUGGCGGAAAUCUAAAAUUACUCCAGCAGGGAAAACCAUUCUUAUAAAUGCUUCUAUCAUGACUGCGCCUUUGUAUUACAUGUCGGUAUACCCUGUUCCAAAGUCUAUUCUUGAUCGGAUCAACAAGGCUGCCAGGACCCUAUUUUGGGCCAAGGAUAGCAAUAGAAAGGGCAUCAACUCAGUCGAUUGGAAUGAAAUUAUGCUUGAUCGAUCUGAGGGGGGCUUGUCAAUUAGGAAUCUGGGCCUUUCUAAAAUUGCUCUUAUGGCUAAGAAUGUUAUGAGUUUGUUGAACAACAAUAACAAGUGGUGGGUGGAUAUUAUGAUUGAUAAAUAUGGCUAUAUGGAUAUCUGGCGCGGUAAUAUCCCCAUGAAAUGCUCUUGGGUUUACCGAGGUAUGUUUCGCACUGCUCUAGUUAUCAGACCUUUUCUCUGGAUGAAUUCCUUUAAUCUGGACAUGACGUCUUUCCUUCAUGAUCCUUGCUAUUUUGAGAUACCUUUAGCUCUUAAACCUACAUAUCUUAAUAUGGAUCUUGAUUAUGAUCAUGUGCAAAUCUCUGAGUUAUUGAUUGAUAUACACUGGAAUAUUUCUUGCAUGCAUAUUAUCUUCGGUAUAUUCCUGAACGAUAAUGUUUUGAGACAUAGUUGUAUUGAUUAUGAAUCAGCAAAUAAUUGGGUCUGGUUACCCAAAUCAAAAGGUUCUAAAUUAUCCACUAUGGUUUAUACAUUUUUGAAACAUGAUAAGAGUUCUGGUAAUUUUUGGGAGGGUUGGAAGCAUUUGUGGCAGCUCAAGGUAGCUCCAAAGGUAAAACAUUUUAUCUGGUUAUUGUUUCAUGAUGUUGUUAAAACCAAUGAUUAUCUAUAUCGACUGAACUUAGGUACUCAAACAUUGUGCACAUUUUGCAAUUUACACACUGAAUCUGUGGAGCACUUGUUUCUAAACUGUGGUAAAGCUCAGGAAAUUUGGAACAUCACUUGUACUAUGGUUGGUAAGCCCAUUAACCUUUCUAAUGGGAUUUCUUCUGGUCUGUGGCUUAACCAAGAGGUGACUGGUAACGAUCAGUUUAUUCAGUCGAUUAUUGCUUCUACACUGUGGUUCAUUUGGAAAGCUCGUUGUAAUAAAAUUUUCAACAAUGAUCAGCUGGAUGGUGCUAAGAUAUCCCGAUGGCCCAAUUCUGAUACUGCUUCUGUUUUCAAUGAAGAAAAUUCUAUAGCUGGGCUUGCCUUCUUUGUUGCUAAUUACAAAGCUAACUUGUUGAGAUCUGGCUGCUGUAGGUGCUCUGCAAACUCUCACAUGGAGGCAGCAGCCAAGGCAAUCUGUUUUGCUCUUCAGGAUGAGAUCACCAAGGAACUGAACAUCAAGACCAUUCUUUCCCAUUGUGCAGAUCUAAUUGAUGCAGUGAAGACUGAUUCCUGGACUGAAUUAUGGAGGCUUCAAUUGCAGAUAACUAUCAUGAAAGGACUUAUUACGGAGGCAAACUGUCCUAAGCUGGGGCUUAUUCCCACAAUCUAG